GGCUCUCACUUAACGUUAACGGUUUGAUGUUUAAACCUUUUUUAGAGUAGAGGAAGUUUCAGAAGAAAAACGAAGAUGGAGAAGACAGAGGCGGAGAGAGGGGCAUCAGAGAACGAAAACGAAAAACAACAACAAGAAGAAGAAGAACAGGUCGUGAAUCCAUGGCAAGUUUCAGCCAAAGAAGGAGGCAAGAUCGACUACGACAAACUCAUCGAGAAGUUCGGCUGCCAAAGGCUUAACCAAACCCUCGUUGACCGCGUUGAGCGCCUCACCUCUCGCCGCGCCCACGUGUUCCUCCGACGCGGCGUCUUCUUCGCCCACCGGGACUUCAAUGAGAUACUGGACGCGUACGAGAGAGGUGAGAAGUUCUAUUUGUAUACGGGAAGAGGACCCUCGUCUGAAGCGUUGCACUUGGGGCAUUUGAUUCCCUUUAUGUUUACUCAAUAUUUGCAAGAAGCCUUUAAGGUUCCUCUUGUUAUACAACUUACUGAUGAUGAGAAGUUCCUCUGGAAAAAUUUGUCGGUGGAGGAGAGCAGGAGAUUAGCUAGGGAGAACGCUAAGGACAUCAUUGCUUGUGGUUUUGACGUCAGGAGAACCUUCAUUUUCUCUGAUUUUGAUUAUGUGGGAGGUGCAUUCUACAGGAACAUGAUGGAAAUUUCAAAGCGUGUAACAUGUAAUCAGGUUGUGGGUAUAUUUGGUUUCAUUGGUGAAGAUCAUAUUGGGAAAUAUUGUUUUCCACCUGUACAGGCAGCUCCCUCAUUUCCUAGUUCAUUUCCACACUUAUUUUCAGGCAAAGAUAAUCUCCGUUGCUUGAUUCCUUGUGCAAUUGACCAGGAUCCUUAUUUUAGAAUGACUAGAGAUGUUGCUCCACGAAUUGGAUAUCAAAAGCCUGCAUUGAUUGAAUCAUUGUUUUUCCCUGCCCUACAGGGUGAGACAGGAAAAAUGUCAGCGAGUGAUCCAAAUUCUGCCAUAUAUGUGACUGAUUCUGAGAAAGAAAUAAAGAAUAAGAUAAACAGAUAUGCAUUCUCUGGGGGCCAAGAUUCGAUAGAGAAACACCGCCAACUUGGAGCAAAUCUUGAGGUUGAUAUACCAAUUAAAUAUCUAAGCUUUUUCCUCGAGGAUGAUGCUGAGCUUGAACACACAAAGAAGGAAUAUGCUGCGGGACGCAUGCUUACUGGUGAGGUAAAGCAGUGUCUAAUUGAAGUUUUGACUAAACUGGUUGAAAGACAUCGUAGGGCUCGAGCUGCUGUGACUGAUGAAAUGGUGGAUGCGUUUAUGGCAGUGAGGCCCCUUCCUAAUAUGUUCAACUAAAAUUAAGAUGUUGAACGUUCAUGUGAUCUCUCAAGAUUUUGUCCCAAGACUUCAUAUUUUCUUGGAUAUUAUCAUUCAUUUUCAACUUGGAUACUUUCAUUUUCAUUCUUUCAUAUUUUCUUGUUAUUCUGGAUGCUGGUUUGCAAUUCUUACAAUGAGUAAAUGUGGCUUCUUACAUAAGGGCUUCUACGAGAGAUUUAUAUACCA